AUGGCUCAGACGGCGGACACCGAUCUUGCUCGAGUCUCGGGGUGUCCGCCGGGACCAGUGCCUGCACUCUCGCGACCUGAUGUCCACUCGUUGAUGCCUCUGCCUCGACUACCUUUGUUCCAUUCUCAUCAACUGCCGAAUUCGAGUUUUUCUGGUGGAGAAACGAGUGUAUCCGAGACGACAAACGAUGACGACGACCUUAUGUUUCCAGACCAAGGUACUCUUGGCUCAGAAUAUCCAACCAUGACUCCCUAUAGACGGGGAGCGACCCUGCAAGAGGGGGUAAAUGGUGAUGGUGAUGGUGAUGGUGAUGGUGAUGGUGGGCUAUAUUUUUCCUCUGCAAACAACAGCAUCGGCGGUCCUCGAAACACAUUGAUCGGUGGUAUUGAACACAUGUCACCACGACUUGGACGUCAGCGUGAUUUCGAACGCAGCAAUGCGUAUUAUACUUGGUUGAUGGCUUCGCAGGCUGCAGGGCCAAGUAACAACAAUAACAACAUGGUCAACAGUGCAAGUACCAGUACCGGUUCCAGCAACACCAGUUCAAUCACCAACAUGUCCAUGUCCAUGUCCAUACACAUGGCCAACACAACAACAGGCAUCCAUACUCUCUCCCUCGAAGAAUACAUCGAAUCCUGGGAUUGGGACACCCAAUUACAAGUAAUGAAUCAAUCUGCAACAUACGACACAUAUGUGGAUUGGAGUUGA